AUGCAGGCUUCACAUGGAUAUCUGUAUCUGGCGAUAAUUGUACUAGUCACAUGCUUCAAGGAAACAAAUUCCAUGACGUACAGGAAGGAGACCAGCGCUGCCAUAAUCCAGGCUGCAGGAGACUUGGGGCAUCUGGUGCAAGAGGGACAGAGGGUAACUACAGGAGCUGAUACUGACCCGUCAGUCAAAGGUGGGAGGGUAACUACAGGAGCUGAUACUGACCUGUCAGUCAAAGGUGGGAGGGUAACUACAGGAGCUGAUACUGACCCGUCAGUCAAAGGUGGGAGGGUAACUACAGGAGCUGAUACUGACCUGUCCAUCAAAGGUGGGAGGGUAACUACAGGAGCUGAUACUGACCCGUCAGUCAAAGGUGGGAGGGUAACUACAGGAGCUGAUACUGACCUGUCCAUCAAAGGUGGGAGGGUAACUACAGGAGCUGAAACUGACCAAGGUGAAGGUCACGUAUCUUUGAUAUCCUCGUGUCCAAUCGUAGCUUCUGGCGAUGACGUCAUGGUGAACUGCAGCUUGAAAGACUUGUCCCAGAUCCCAUCUACGCUGCCACAGAACGCCUCAACACUUCUGCUGGACUUUAACCACAUAUCGAACAUAGCCAACAUGACGUUUGUUAACUUCACUCGCUUACACAACUUAACCAUCAGGUACAACAUAAUGGAAACUUUCGAGAUGGACGCUUUCAAAGGUCUAGACAAUCUAAAAGUGCUUGAUCUAGAAUAUAACCGGCUCAGAGGAAACAUUCAUUCAAAUUUAAGUUAUUUGAAAAGUUUAACCGAGUUACGGAUUCGUCAGGAAGAUGGCGGGCUAAACGUGACGUCACUGCUGGAGAACCUGUCUUGUCAGAACUUUCUGGAAACGUUGUCAGUCAACACGCACGGUGACACACUAACCUUUGACCCGAGGUUCAUGAACUUCACAAAGUUAACGAGGCUGGAGUUCUCUGGAGCCGUGAAAUACAUCACCAACACCAGCUUCUUAAACGUCAAGCACAUACGGGAGCUGUACAUUUUUGACCUGGAACAUAUAAGCCACAUCAGCCAAGGCGCGUUUGAGCCGUUGAUAAAAUUGGAGGUCUUACAUCUUCACAUCGUGCCAUACGGCAUCAGAAGAAUUUUACGUCUGCUCUGGCCAUUUGCAGGCAGGAACAUGACCUCGAUAUACAUGGAGAGAGUGUCCUACGGCAUUACAACUAGUGACGGGACUUUACUACGGAGCGACAGCUACCUAGACAGCUCUAUAACGAAAUAUCUGACUACUAUCUGCCUCAAGCGGUUUUUGUUCCUCAACAACCAAAUUUACAUCGUCAUAGGCGGCGCCUUGUGGAGUCGGCUGUGGGACUCAUGUCUGGAGGAAAUCUCUUUAACGAAAAAUCCCCUUGUGGGCACGCGGAUAUUUUUCCUACGUUUGUUUUCCUCGGCGAAUAUAAGGACGCUACGUAUUGAUGAUACAUUCAGGGCGAAGUUUGAUGAGAAAUUUAAUUGGCGAAACUAUUUUCAAAUGACACGAACAGAAACUAAAAGCAGAGAAUUUGUCGAAAUGGUUAACAACACUUCAAUAAUUCCUCAAGACUUUACAUCAACAGAGCAUUCUAGAAAUUUAUCCAACCAAAUCAAUUCUACCAUUAUCACCGAUUUUAAAAAGUUAUUUGGUCUAAAUAUUUUUAUUUCGAAAUCUCUCAUCGAGUUGAAUAUAAGGAGGCUGAUACAAUCAUACACGUUUAACAUUGACUUUACGGUGGGCGGGGCUGAGGGUAUAGAGUUAAUGGACUUGUCUGACAGCGGACUGGCUAAAUUUGAGCACCUUCUCUUCGGUUUCACGGGACUCAGGUUUCUAGAUCUUUCCAGCAACGACUUGUCCGUUGUGUCUGAGAGAUGGUUUGACACAAUGCCGAGCCUGGAAACUUUGGUGCUGUCCAACUGUUUCCUAGACAACACCUUCAUGUCUCUGAGAGGAAGCCGGCUGUUGGGCAAUCUCAGACAUUUACAGAACCUGGACUUGUCCUCAAACUCCUUGACCAUGUUCGAUGCAGGCAUGUUUCGUCACAACAGCAAUAUAACGAGGCUGAGGAUCUCCGACAACAGAUUUAAAACUGUACCGUUUAGCUUACACUACACGUCACAGCUCAGAUUUCUGGACAUUUCGAACAACGUCAUCACCAGCCUCGAUGUGGAGACGAGACAAAUCUUCGACCGUUGGGCUCAAAACCCGCAAGGUUUCAACCUCAACAUCGGCGGCAACAUUCUGUCUUGCACGUGCGAGAGUUUAAACUUCCUUAUCUGGUUAAAGACUACCCACGUGCAGUUGGGCGAACGUCGUGUUUUCCCGUGUAUGAACGAGGCUGGACAACUGACCAACACAAGCACCUACAACAACCUGGACGGCUUGUGGAGACAUUGUUGGGGCGAAUACUUUUUCUACCUGUCCCUGGUCCUACUUUGUAUCAUCGUAAUUGGGUUUCUGUUAACUUUCGUCAUCAGCAAAAAACUGACUUUUAUAACGCAUUUCAUCAUUCAAAAUUUCGGCGGUUUUAAAUUUAAAACAGCCGCUGACUACAAAAUCGGUGUUUACAUCGGUUACGCUGACAGAGAUUACAGAUUUGCCUGCCAUCCGCUGCGAGAAUUUAUAGAAGACAAGCUGCACAUGACGUCAUUCCUACGUGACCGUGACCUUUUGCCCUGUCUAGACACCGCGCGCGGGAUAGUUGAGGCCAUCAACUCCAGCUGGCGAAUCUUGCUGGUGUACAACCCGCAGUUCCUGCAUGACGACGAUUGGAUGAUGUUUACCUUCAGGGCUGCCGUCUACGCUCAGACACCAGCCAACCCUGCGCGGGUUGUCGUCCUGGUUGACGAGAGACACGUGUACAAGCUGCCCACAGAGCUGUUGAGUGCUGUCAUGGAGGACAGCCUCAUUGUGGUACAGGACUGGCAGAUGACCUAUGACCUCAAGCAGGCAUUAAAGACUCGUCUAAGCCCAGCUUAA